GGCGGCGCGCGGGGCGGGGAUGCGGCGCGGCGGGGCCGGGGAUGGCCGGCGUGCAGCAGGGCGAGAAGCAGCUCUUCGAGAAGUUCUGGCGAGGCACCUUCAAAGCCGUGGCCACGCCGCGACCCGAGAGCGUCAUCGUCGCCAGCAUCACCGCCCGCAGAGCGCUGCCCAGCGGGACGCUCGGCUGCCUGCCGUACACUGCGGAGGACAGACGUCCUGAAAAGCUGAGUGGCCGUGUGGUCAAGGAGGCCUCCACCACCAACGGCUGUGCGAAAGGGAAGGAGAGACGAGACCAUGCUCGCCGUAGGUCAUACAGCCCCUCAUGUGACGAGGAGCCUGCGCCACUGCCGGCCCGCGGGAAGAAGAAGAAGAAGAAGUCGGGCCGCAAGAAGCGAAGGAGGUCUCCUUCCUACAGCCCCUCACCUGUGAAGAAGAAAAAGAAGAAAAGCUCCAAGAAACGAAAACGACACAGGUUAACCUCAAAGAAGAGGAGGCACAGUUCUUCAAGCCCCAAAAGUAAGAGAAAGGAAGAAAGAAAACACAAAAAACACUCUCGUGGGCGCACCCGGAAAUCUCAUCGCCAUCGUCACCGCCACUGCCAUUCUCGCUCAGAGAGCUCUGACUCCCACUCUCCCGGCUGCCGAAGCAGGCACAGAGCCAGGUCUCGCGAGGAAGGGCGCAAAACACGGCGAAGACACUGCCGGCACCGUUCAAAGAUCACAGCAAAGCAAAGCUCCUCUGCAGAGGUUCAGGCCAGCCAAAAAGCCAGCCAAACCCUCCCGCUCUACAGCUUCCUGUCUCCUAAGGAAGUAAUCUCUCAGUCAGGGUCUUCUGCUGGCCUCUUUACCAAAACAGACAGCCCGCCUGGCAACCUAGCCAGCCACAAUGGAGAGUAUCAUGAAUAUGACUCAGGAAACGAUACUUCCUCCCCUCCCUCCACUCAAACGAGCUCAUCCAGGUCAAAGGACAGCCAGGAGAAAAGAAGUCUAGUCCAUGAUGGCUUUGGCCAUGCCUUCUCGUCCGGGAAGCCCAAACUGGCCAACAGCGAUAACAGCUCUGAUUCAGGAAAUUCCUUCACCAGUUGCUUUUCCCAGACCAAGGGAACAGCUUUGGAAAAUCUGUCUCCAGAUGCCCAGGGACAAGACCGAAGAAUGUGCCUGUCCUUGUGUCUCAGCUGUUCAGAGGAGGAGAAGCGAAACUUCCUCGUGUCCCCAACCCGCAGCUCCCCGCUGAGGCCCUGCUCCCCCAGCGAGUCCUACACCAGCACGGGCAGAUCCUCCCCCAGCUCCAAAUGCUCCAGUCGCUCCCGCUCCUCACACCACAAAGCCUCUCCCAGGUACUCCCGAAGCAGGUCCUGCUCUUCAGGAAAGAGGUCUUCUUCACGUUCCCCCAGCUAUUCCUCCAAAUCCUGCAAAAAAAGUCCUGAGAGCAGGAGUUCAAGGCCUCGUCGGAGCCCCAGUUACUCCCGCUACAGCCCUAGCAGAGACCGUGAGCGAGAGCACAAGUAUGGCUCCAGUGAGAAGGAGUCGCACAGGGAGCGCGACCGGCGGCGGCGGUGGUCCUAUUCCCCCCUGAGGAAACGCAGGAGAGACUCUCCCAGCCACCUUGAAGCUCGGCGCAUCACAAGUGCCCGCAAACGCCCCAUCCCCUACUACCGUCCCAGUCCCUCCUCAUCCAGCAGCGCCAGCAGCUAUUCCUCCUGGUACAGCAGCUUUAGUCGUUCCCUGAGCAGAAGCCGGAGCUACUCCAGCUACCGGACGAGCCGGAGCCGAAGCUGGAGCAGCAGCAGUGCUGAGGGCAGGAGCCGCAGCCGGAGUUCAUGCCCCAGGAGCAGCCGCAGCAGGAGCAGGAGCUGUGACUCAGGAGGCAGCUCUGACAGCCUGCGUCGCUAGGGAGUGCCGCCCCCACGUCACCUCCAAAUUCCUGGCAUUCUCUGCUUCCUUCCCACCUACCUGCCCAUCGAUAGCAAUCAUCCCCGAUACCGAUGCGGUGACACUGCUGGGCUCCCCUUCCCUGGUUCAGAGCAAGAGCCUCGUGCCCCCGGCACAGCCCCUUGGCUGCCGCACGGAGCAGGUGGCUUCAUCCCAGCUCCCCAGGCCAGGGCUGGAAGAAGGGUCGGUGCUUUACGGAGGAUCUGCCACAACAGACCUGCUCCAUCCUCCCUGAUGUCCCCGUCUCCCCAUCGGUGCCGCUCUCCGAAGCACUACCAGCUGGUCCAAAGGAAAUAAUUCAGCUCCUUGCUCUUCGGCCAAACUAGGAUCCAGCACAUUAAUUUCUGUUGGAGGGAGAGACCCAUUUUAAGCUUUGGUGAUGAGUGGAAGGAGGACAAUAUUUGAACCCACCAAGACAAAUAUUGGGUCCCUUGAGUCUUUCCUCCAGAGUUUCUGCCCACUCU